AUUAACAAAAUUGCAGCCCUGAUUUCAAAUCCCGCAAGCCGCCGCUUGCUCGGUUGCUUCUCGUCCCGGCGGCGGGCCACCGACCCUACCAAUACACCCAUGGCCGCCGCCGCCGACCACCAGCACGGCCACAUCGACAAGGAGAAGGAGAAGGAGCUCCUCUCAUCGGUGGUUGGCGACAUCCGCUGUUACUCCGGUUCCGACCCCCUCCGCCCAUGGCUCCGGGGGAUCCGGAGGCUGGAGGGGGCGCUACCUCCGGCGACGCUGCGGGAGAAGCUACCGAGGUUCCUCCAGAAGUGCGCCGAAGAGUUCCAGGACGAGCCCCGGUACCGCGACGACCCACGGUACCUCCGCGUCUGGAUCCAGAUGAUGGACUAUGUGAAGGACGCAAAGCCAUUGCUGAAGAAGUUGGAGACGAACAGAAUAGGCCUCAAGAGAGCUGCGUUUUAUAUGGCUUACGCGAUAUAUUAUGAGAAGCGUAGGAGGUUUCAGGACGCAGAGCAGAUGUACCGCGUGGGAAUCCAGAACCUUGCAGAGCCUAUCGAGGAGUUACACAAAUCACAUGAUCAGUUUAUCUAUCGCAUGGAGUUAUACCAGAAGAGGAAAGAUAAAGAAGGAAUGCCUAACAGAGUUAAACCACUUCCUAAAUGUGCAAACCAAGUUGAUGGUCAAAGCAGAAAUUAUACAGAACUUAAGUCCAAUCCAGUGCAAAAAUUGGGAAGUAGUUCAAAUUCUUCAUUGUGCCGUUAUCCUCCAUUAGGUCAUGCUAAAGAUGGUGUACCAUCCAGAGGCACCUCAGGAGAUAACAAGAAUUUGUCUCGUUGUAAUAGUGAUGAUACUGCAGUUGUACGAUUUGUUGGCUCUGCAUUGGUUGGAAAGUCAGAAACUGAAGAUGCUUGUCAUCAUGGCCUCGUUGAACCAACUAUAAACUUGAAGGAGGCUAUGGAUGACAUCAAUAGCAUGUUUCUAGAGCCAGUGGAACCCGAGACAAUGCUCAAGAAACGCUUGAAGCGUGAUCAACCAAAGUUUAAUCAGCAGGCAAGUGCACUUCAUAUCUUUGUUGAUGAAGAACAACUUAACAGUAGUGAUUCAAACACUCUCCAUGGCAAGAACACAAUGUCAGUCCAUCCAAAGUUCAGUCAACAAACAAGUGCAUUUGAAAUAUUUGUUGAUGAAGAUUGUCCUAAUGCUACCAACCAAAAUGUGGGCCAAAACAGGAAAAGUAACAAGGAAAACAAUCAACAAACAAGUGGGUUUGAAUUCUUUGUUGAUGAAAAUGAGCCUAAGGGCAAUGAUCAAAAUGUCAUGUGUCACAAGAACACUAGGUGUCCUCGACCAUUACAUGAUUCAGCAAGGCAGCAGGGCAUGGGUGACUUCCAAAAGCUAUUUGUGGGAGGGUUUGCAAUAUUGGCGGAUGAUGAAGAUGAACAAUGUGCGAACAACGAUGAUGGUGUUAGGAUAAAUUCCAGAAGUAUGCAUCCUCAUAAUAAGCUUACUAUGCUCCAUGCAGAACAAGCUGAUAAAGAAACAAGACAUGGCGAAGGUGAGAUUCCUUUAAAUUUUGGACUUCGAGAAGACACAAUCAUUCGUAGGUUUGUGGGAUCUGCUGUUGUUGAUGAGCCUAAAGUGGAAAAUGCAUGCCACCAUGGGUUAGUUGAUCCAACCAUCAAUUUGAAGGAGGCUAUGUCUGAUAUAAACAACAUGUUUGGAAAACCACUGAACUUCCAGGAUGGUAAAAAACCAAACAGGAAAACGAAUGCAGUAUCAGAGAGAAAAGCAGCUCCUGUUUCUGGUUUCUCCAUAUUAGCUGAUGAUGACAUUAGCAAGGACCCUGCUGCUAAAGACAAAUCAAGCAAUUCCUGUACAUUUGGAUCUGAGAGUGGUCUAUUUGAGCCCACUAUCACUACCCGCAACGUCAUGUCGGAGAUCAAUGAAAUGUUUGGAAUGUCACUUGACUUCUAAGGCACUUGCUUAGAGGGAAUUUAAUUAUUCAACAGGUGCAGAAGAUGCACAGAAAAUGUUACAAGAUCACCCCUCUGGUGAUCCAGGGUGCAGAAACCGGGAAUGUACCAUGCCUGUGGUGUUCUCGCUGAUGUCAUAAUUUUCCAGGAUAUUUUCCACAAAAUGAGCUUCCAAAUCUUUGUUUAGCACCAGGCCCUUGAGUUUUGUACCAUAUGAAUGCUGGUAUAAGUUAAAUUGUUCCCUCAGGAUUUGAGGUCACAGAACAUUUUGUUCUCCCCACUGUAUUUUGUUCAUUAGAUCCUUGGUUAGCAUUGGUGAUGCUGCCCAUUACAAUGACUUUCUCUUUGUUGGAAGGCACUGCCAGUCCAUUAUCAAACUCUGUCCCCGCUUUGCUUGUGUUUUUGCUGCUUGUACUGAAGGAAUUUUACAGAAUAAAAAAUACAGUUCCAAACA